GCGCCGCAGGGCACACAGCUGACUCUCCGCGCCACCUCCACUUCGCCUUGCGCCGCCAGACACCGAAGCUGCCUGGACUCGUCGCGCCUGGCGUCCCCGCUCCUCCCGUAGCCCACCCGGUCCGAAGAGGAGCUGCCGGUGCCCCGAAGCACUUGGUCAGACCCAGGAAACUCUUCUCUAGUCGCAUCCAGCUCGGUACCGAGCACCAGAGUAAUAUGGUCUGCAAGGUGCUCAUCGCCCUCUGCAUCUUCACCGCAGGACUGAGGGUACAGGGUUCACCAACAGUCCCAUUGCCUGUCUCUCUCAUGACAAAAAGUUCAGCACCUGUGGCCACCUGGACUACCUCUGCUCCACACACUGCUAGGGCCACCACCCCUGUAGCCAGUGCCACUCACAACGCCUCAGUUCUCCGCACCACUGCCGCAUCCCUGACAUCUCAGCUCCCCACUGACCACAGAGAAGAAGCUGUCACCAGCCCACCUUUGAAGAGGGAUGUCAACAGCACAGACUCCUCACCUGCCGGGUUCCCCUCAACAAGCAGUGAUGGCCACUUGGCACCCACACCUGAGGAACACAGUCUUGGAAGUCCUGAAGCAACUGUGCCAGCUACUGGGUCACAGUCACCCAUGCUCCUGUCUUCUCAGGCUCCAACCUCAGCAACCACAUCCCCCGCAACUUCCCUAUCGGAGUCUCUCUCUGCCUCCGUUACCUCUAGCCACAACUCUACGGUGGCCAACAUCCAGCCCACAGAAGCUCCAAUGGCACCUGCGUCACCAACAGAAGAGCACAGCUCUAGUCACACACCCACUUCCCAUGUCACAGCAGAGCCAGUGCCCAAGGAGAAAUCACCCCAAGACACUGAACCUGGCAAAGUGAUCUGUGAGUCUGAGACCACCACCCCCUUCCUGAUCAUGCAAGAAGUGGAGAAUGCCUUAAGUUCAGGCAGCAUCGCCGCCAUCACCGUGACAGUCAUCGCCGUAGUGUUGCUGGUGUUUGGAGGUGCAGCAUACCUGAAGAUCAGGCACUCCUCCUAUGGAAGGCUGCUGGACGACCAUGACUACGGGUCCUGGGGGAACUACAACAACCCUCUCUACGAUGACUCUUAACGAAGAAAGGUGGCUGAGGACAAGAAGUAGCGGUCCUUUAUUUAUAAGUGCUUAUCCAGUAGAAUAAUAACAAGUACCUGAUGUACACUGAACGACAAUCGCGAGCCCUCUUUUGUUGGUAUGGUUGUUUUUGUUUUUUUUUCCCUUCCCCUUCUCUGGCUGCUACUACAGAAUGUCUCCCUUCUGAUACAAAAGAACCAUCUCGGAAAAGCCGUUGGUGGAGGCCGGUUUGCAGCUGACACGGGCCAUCUUUGCACUGACCAAGCCAGAUACCAUGAGGUGGGGGCUGCAGAGUCCCCCCGUCAUGGAAGCCACUUUGGAAAGGACUGAAGGAAGGGGCUGGGAGUUGCUUGGUGGGGGAUUUAAUUUUAGGGGAUCUUUUGGUUUGGAUUAUUUCUUAACGUUCGCUACAGGAAAUGACAUUAAAUAUCAGUGAGGAGAAAGGAACGCAUCCCGGGCGACUGCCACUCUGUGUGGAAGGAGCAGGGGCUUCUGGAUUCCUUUUCAAUCCUUGUUUGCCUGGUUGUAUCUGACAGGAUGCCUACUUAGUCCUAUAAGCAGAAAGACCAUUCUGAGCUGCCUAAUUGAUGAAAGAUAAAAGAGGCCGUGCCCAGGAGGAGAGCAGCGGGCAAGGGCAAGGUGGCACAGCAGGCUGUCAAUCAGCAGGCUCUCAACCUGCUUUCCCCAUCUAGGCCACCCAAAGGCAACAGGAAUUCCCAACCCACAAGCAAAGCUGGGAGGUGAGCUUGAAGAGCAGACAGGGAGAGACAUGCGGAGUCUAAGGGAUGGGAUUGAAGAGAAAGACAAAAGCUUACAUGCACCACCCACUCUCCUGAAGCAAGCAGGAGCCAGCUCUCCAUGGUAGUGGGAGAUAUCUAAAGCUUGGAGGGACCCAUAGAACUCUCGCUCCACACCUAUAAAGCAGCAACUGCUUCACUGCCUUGCUGUUUGUAUUGGGUGAUGGCUGUAUGCUAGUCAAAAAAAAAAAAAAAAA